GAUGUGGGCAUAUGUUAGUUUGUUGUAAUGCAGUGUGAUUCAGGGUGAGGAGCGAGGGAAGGCAGGAAUAAAAGGGAAUUUGAUUAGGGAUUCUCUCUGUGGAGAGGCUCUCAGCCUCCGAGCUGUUAGACAGAAACGAUCGGCAAAGUGGCAACUUCUACCCUGACAGAACUGGGCUUUCCUCCACAUGGCCCGACAGUAAGAGACGAGUGGAUGCAUGGGUAAACUUAACAAUUGGACCAGGCUGCGGAGAGCUACUCUAAAGUGACCUCCUUUGACACUCAAGACACAGCUGAGUGAUUUAUUUGAGCAAAUUGUGGCUUUGAUAAAAUAUUCUUGAUGACUGUGUGGUGUUAGUUGUGGACAACUAAUUUCAAACUCACAAAUUAAUUUUCAAUUCAAUGGCAUGAAGACUUUUAAAUGGGAUUUUUUUUUUCCCCUAUUUUUGAAAAGACUCUUUCUCUGAGAUUGUGACACCUGUGUUCCACCAGUAGGUGUACAAAACGUCGGUGUUGGUAACAUUGAAGGAGAUUUUGAGUCAAGUUUUUUUCUACCUUAAUUUUUCAUCUUCCUCUCAGCCAAUAACUUUUUCAACUUACUAACCUCGUUAUGAGUUUAAUGAGUCAACAGCAGUGUUUUGGGGAUUCUAGUGUAGAAAGUGAGAGUCGACUCUCAAGAUGUCAUCAUUUUCAUUUUUAAUAAUCACAGGAUAUUCAAUCCACAUGAACACAUCACAAACAGCUUUUAAAAAUAUUUGCCAUUUGUCCCCAAAACAACAGUUGCGAACAGAGUAAAGCAUCUCUGAUUUGCAAAUUAUCCCCAUUAUUGGAGGACAGAUCCGGCUUUUGCCAAGGCAUCGUUUAAUUUGUUCAAGUUUGUAAAGUUAAACAAAAAACAAAAUCAUCCCUUUACCUUCACACUGUAUGUUUUCUUUUCCUGGAAAUGAAGAUAGGAAAGAGGGUGAGGAUGACGUUGAAGCUGAAACUGAAGUUACAGUCAUCUCUGAAGCUGAACGGUCGCCGGCCGUUACACACGAGCCUUUAAGUUCUCCUUUGGAAGAGGAUUCGGACCUCAAAGCCCCCGCUGCUGAGGUUGGAAACUCACUUUUAAGUUUUCCGAACCCUCAUCAUCUUGAUAAAAGUGAAGACAGCAGAGCUCCAGCGCCAGAAAGCAGAUUUACAGAGGGCUCAGUCCCUCAAACGCACCACGCGUUAUCCACCCGCACUUCAUCUGAGCCUCCGCUGGUACCGAUGGGACAAUCUGACACACUUCCUGUCAGAACAGAGCUCCAUCCUCCUUCGUCGUCGUCUCCACCAGGGGAGGACGGAGUUUCCCCGCCACGGGAGUUCACUCGUUCAGAAACAGUCCCUGAGCUUUCACAUCUGUCCCACCCUGUUCCAGAAGGUUCCUCUCAUCACUCUGUCACUAAUCAUCAUCAUCUUCAUCAAUACAUAGAAGAGACUACUGUAAAAGUUCUGCAUCAUUCAAGCCUAACUGACGGAGUUUCCCACAAGUCUGUACAUGAGAGUCAUGGACACAAGGCAACAAGCUCCACUGAGCAUGAGCAAGACAGGGAGGAAGAGGAGGACGAAGAGGAAGCAUCUAAAGCGACAGGUGUCCACAGUCCACAGCCCCGACACGAGACCCACGGCCACAAACCAACAACUUUAUCUCAACAUGAAGGGCAGCGGAGAGAGGCGGAGGGACAUGCAGAGGCUAACGACCCCCAUGCAUCUAUGGGACACAAACAUGAAACUCAUGGACAUUCAACAAAAACCUCCUCUGGGCACGUAGAAGACAGCAAUGAUACUGAGAAGACAGUUUCCCAUAUGACGGAGGGACAUGUACAUGAGGCUCAUACAUCAGCUGGCUUGUCUGAACACGGUGAAGAGCAGCACACAAAGGCAAAUCCUCACAAGACAGAGGGACACGGACAUGAGAUGCAUGGCCACAGAACAACUUUACCUGAACAUGAAGAGGGAAAAAACACAAAGUCUCAAACAGUUUCCCACAUGUUUGAGGAACACGCUCAUCAACUGCACGGCCACAAAACACCCACUUCAUCCCAGUCACAUGGAGAGAAAGGCCAUGAGCAAGGGCAUGAAGACAUAAAAGCUCACAGCAGUCAUGAAGAAAACAUACAUCAGGCUCAUGGUCAUGAAGCAGCAUCUGAACACAGAGCAGAGGGUGAAAAAUUCCCAGAAAGGCAAGUCUUCCACAACCACGAGAACCACGGACACGAAACAAGCUCAGCGGAAAAUAGGCAAGAGGAAACUAACAGCAUAGACCCACAUGGACACAACACCCAGGGACACGUUAAACCAGCUGGUCACAGGCAUGAGGAGCAUCCGCACAGAACAGCUGACACUACAGUCUCCCAUACAUCUGAGCGACAGUUUCAUGGAGCGAAAGGCCAUCACACGACUGAGGAACAUUCGCAUGGGACUCUGAAGCAGCAAACAUCAUCUCAUCAUGGAGAGGGCCACAUAGAAACACAAGCUGAAAGGAAAGGUACCCGUAUUAGUUGUAGUGGUUAGAACUGCAUUAUGUGGUAGAACUGCAUCAGGUGGCUUAGGUUGAUGUAUGUGGAAGGCUUGAAAUGCAAGAGAUAUAAGUCACACAUGAUGUAUUUUAUAAAUUGGAGCUUUCCUUCCUGACACAAUGAUUUGUGAGCUCAUGAAUGGUAUCGUGUGUGAAUGUGGGAUUUUUUUUAUAGUCUGAUCUCUAAUUAACGCUUCUUUUAUUUAUUUGUUAGGAUGCGUUUUUCUUAUUAAAAAGAAAACAGAACCAAAGAAAAAUCCCAUUUUGGACAAUUUUGGCACAUUUGCCUCAAAAUAAAUUCACAAAUGAAGUUUGUAGAAGUACAGAAAAUGUGUUUAUUAUUGCAGUGAUUAAAAAAAAGCUACUCCAAAGAUUAUUUUACAUUCUCUAGCGUAAGCCAUGGCGAAAAUCGACGUUCGCUUUUGUUGGUCUACUAUGCAGUGUUUUGAAGGAUCUAUGCCAACAGUUUUUCCUUUAUUUAAUAGGAACUGUGAUGAUUUCCAAGAAAAAAGUAUUCGACUUGCUCACAAACAAAAGUAGAUAUGCAAUCUUCCAAACAUUUGUCCCUGAAAAAGAUGGAGGAAAAUCACUUGCCUUUCAGGGCUUCAGUAGAUUUACCCACAAGUUACACCUUGUAAAAUUGUAUGAAAGUAAAAUUCUUCUUU